GCCGCCGCCGCUCUCGAGGCCGCCGCAGCCGCUGCCGCCGCCGCCGUCGCCGCGCAGAGCCGGAGCAGGAGCCACGGCCGAGAGGCGGGAGGAGGUGGAGGAGGAGGUGGAGGAGGCGCCGGACCGGGGGGGAUAGAUUCCCAGAAGUGGGAUAACUGGAUCAGAGGGUGGUUACCCUGUGUAUAAGAGUGUGUGUCUCACUGCACCUUCAAUGGCAUUGAGUAGACUUGGACUACUGUCGUCAGCAGAACAAGCUUGAGAUUGUGUCACUACUCAGUACCAUCUGCUUGCAUGGAUUGUCAGUAUUUAAACAGACCACAUCAUGCGUGAGUACAAGCUAGUGGUCCUUGGUUCAGGAGGCGUGGGGAAGUCUGCUCUGACAGUUCAGUUUGUUCAGGGAAUUUUUGUUGAAAAAUAUGACCCAACGAUAGAAGAUUCUUACAGAAAGCAAGUUGAAGUAGAUUGCCAACAGUGUAUGCUCGAAAUCCUGGACACAGCAGGAACAGAACAAUUUACAGCAAUGAGGGAUUUGUAUAUGAAGAAUGGCCAAGGGUUUGCACUAGUAUAUUCUAUUACAGCUCAGUCCACGUUUAAUGACUUACAGGACCUGAGGGAACAGAUUUUACGGGUUAAGGACACAGAAGAUGUUCCAAUGAUUUUGGUUGGCAAUAAAUGUGACCUGGAAGAUGAACGAGUAGUUGGCAAAGAACAGGGUCAGAACUUAGCAAGACAGUGGUGUAACUGUGCCUUUUUAGAAUCUUCUGCAAAGUCAAAGAUCAACGUUAAUGAGAUAUUUUAUGACCUGGUCAGACAGAUAAAUAGAAAAACACCAGUGGAAAAGAAGAAGCCUAAAAAGAAAUCAUGUCUGCUGCUUUAGACCCACAGUAAGCAGCAGCUCUGAGCCAGAUUACAGGAAUGAAGAACUGUUGCCUAAUUGGGAAGUGCCAGCAUUCCAGACUUCAAAAAUUAAAUCUGAAGAGGCUUCUCCUGUUUUAUAUAUUAUGUGAAGAAUUUAAAUCUUAUAUUGGUUUGCACAAAUUCCCUGGAGAAAAAAAAAAUUGCUCUGUGUAUAUCUCUUGGAAAAUAAGACAAUAGUAUUUCUCCUUUGCAAUAGCAGUUAUAACAGAUGUGAAAAUAAAUAUACUUGACUCUAAUAUGAUUAUACAAAAGAGCAUGGAUGCAUUUCAAAUGUUAGAUAUUGCUACUAUAAUCAGAUGAUUUCAUAUUGACCUUUUUAUCAUGAUUCUUCCCUGUCAAGCACUAAAAGUUGAACCAUUAUACUUUAUAUCUGUAAUGAUAUAGAUUAUGAAAUUUCCCCUCAAACUCAUUGCAGCAGAUAACUUUUUGAGUCAUUGACUUCAUUUUAUAUUUAAAAAUUAUGAAAUAUCAUUCUGUCAUUAUAUUCUAAUUAAAAUUGUUUGUGCAUAAUGCUUUGGAAAAAUGGGUCUUUUAUAGGAAAAAAACCUGGGAUAACUGAUUUCUAUGGCUUUCAAAGCUAAAAUAUAUAAUAUACUAAACCAACUCUAAUAUUGCUUCUUGUGUUUUACUGUCAGAUUAAAUUACAGCUUUUAUGGAUGAUUAAAUUUUAGUACAUUUUCA